AUGGCAGAGAAGUACGAAGGACAUAGGGCAGUCCCGGGCACGGAGUGUGCCUCUCCAAGCACUUGUGGUGGAUGCAAUGGUGUGUGGUGCAACGGCACUGUGAAGUCCCUGUUGCAGACGCAGGCCCAGAAUGAGACCGAUGCGUACCCCUUGCAGAGCGACAACGAGACCGCCAAGACAUGGCCGAUGACGGAUGCAGCCAGCGGUUUCUGCGCUUACCCGAGUGAGCGAAGUGAUCCGAUGCUCGGGAGUGACAAGUUGGGUGCAGCCCCCACAGAUCCGGAAGAGAUUUUGAAGGUUUGCGAGAUGGCAGAGAAGUACGAAGGACAUAGGGCAGUCCCGGGCACGGAGUGUGCUUCUCCAAGCACUUGUGGUGGAUGCAAUGGCGUGUGGUGCAACGGCACUGUGAAGUCCCUGUUGCAGACGCAGGCCCAGAAUGAGACCGAUGCGUACCCCUUGCAGAACGACAACGAGACCGCCAAGACAUGGCCGAUGACGGAUGCAGCCAGCGGUUUCUGCGCCUACCCGAGUGAGCGAAGUGAUCCGAUGCUCGGGAGUGACAAGUUGGGUGCAGCCCCCACAGAUCCGGAAGAGAUCUUGAAGGUUUGCGAGAUGGCGGAGAAGUACGAAGGACAUAGGGCAGUCCCGGGCACGGAGUGUGCCUCUCCAAGCACUUGUGGUGGAUGCAAUGGCGUAUGGUGCAAUGGCACCGUGAAGUCCUGA